AGAGUUGCUGCUGAAAGGAGGUGGCGAAGGAGGAGCCGGAGCAGCUGCUGCCAGCCCGCGGGCACCGGAGUUCUGCCCGCUGCCGCACGAGUAGCCACGGGCGCGAUCGGGUCCAGACGUCUCCUCCUCCAUGAUCACUUUGGGAGCGGGGGGAAGACUUUGCCCGGCCGUGAGAGCUGGUCUGCGUUUCCCUGGCGCGGCGGCGGCGGAGCAGCGGCAGCAGCCGGGUCCGAAUCGGAGCGGCCACAGCCUGGGGCGUGUGCGCCCCGCGCGGAGCGGGCUCGGGUUCCCCACGGAAUGUCCCCGGGGCGCCCCGCGCGCUGACCCCCCAGCCGCCUCCGCCUUCGGCGCCUGCUGCCCGUCUCGGGCGGGUUCGGUGUUCGGGACUGCAAGCUUCCCGGCUCCUGGGCAGUGGGGAAGCCCCCGGGGGCGGGUGACCUCAGCUGGCCACGACCCAGCCCUCCCCCGUGCGUAUCUCGCUUAAGAUGGCAGCGGAGUCAGGGGAACUAAUCGGGGCUUGCGAGUUCAUGAAAGAUCGGUUAUAUUUUGCUACUUUAAGGAAUAGACCAAAAAGCACAGUAAAUACCCACUAUUUCUCCAUCGAUGAGGAGCUGGUCUAUGAAAAUUUUUAUGCAGAUUUUGGACCUCUGAACUUGGCAAUGGUGUACAGAUACUGCUGUAAACUAAACAAGAAACUGAAAUCAUACAGUUUAUCAAGAAAGAAAAUAGUGCACUACACCUGUUUUGAUCAACGGAAAAGAGCAAAUGCGGCAUUUUUGAUAGGUGCUUAUGCUGUAAUCUAUUUAAAGAAGACACCGGAAGAAGCCUACAGAGCACUCCUAUCUGGCUCAAACCCCCCCUAUCUUCCGUUCAGGGAUGCUUCCUUUGGAAAUUGCACUUACAAUCUCACCAUCCUCGACUGUUUGCAGGGAAUCAGAAAGGGAUUACAACAUGGAUUUUUUGACUUUGAGACAUUUGAUGUGGAUGAAUAUGAACAUUAUGAGCGAGUUGAAAAUGGUGACUUCAACUGGAUUGUUCCAGGAAAAUUUUUAGCAUUUAGUGGACCACAUCCAAAAAGCAAAAUUGAAAAUGGCUAUCCUCUUCACGCCCCUGAAGCCUACUUUCCUUAUUUCAAAAAGCACAACGUGACGACAGUCGUGAGGCUGAACAAAAAGAUUUACGAGGCGAAGCGCUUCACAGACGCGGGCUUCGAGCACUACGACCUGUUCUUCAUCGACGGCAGCACGCCCAGCGACAACAUCGUGCGGAGGUUCCUGAACAUCUGCGAGAACACGGACGGGGCGAUCGCGGUUCACUGCAAAGCUGGUCUUGGAAGAACAGGGACGCUGAUAGCCUGUUAUGUCAUGAAACACUACAGGUUUACACACGCUGAAAUAAUUGCUUGGAUCAGAAUAUGCCGGCCAGGCUCCAUUAUAGGACCCCAGCAGCACUUCCUGGAAGAAAAACAGGCAUCGUUAUGGGUCCAAGGAGACAUUUUCCGAUCCAAGCUGAAAAAUAGACCAUCCAGUGAAGGAAGUAUUAAUAAAAUUCUUUCUAGCUUGGAUGAUAUGUCUAUUGGUGGAAACUUAUCUAAAAUACAAAACGUGGAAAGAUUUGGAGAGAAUAAUUUAGAAGAGGAUGAAGAUGUGGAAAUGAAAAAUAGUAUAACCCAGGGAGACAAACUACGUGCCUUAAAAAGUCAGAGACAGCCACGCUCCUCACCAUCCUGUGCAUUUAGGUUGGAUGAUAUGAAAGGGCACCCAAGAGCAGUAUCCCAGCCUUUCAGAUUGACUUCGUCCCCACAAGGAUCUGCAACUACUUUGAAGACCUCGAAAGUGGCUUUGUCCACUUCAGUGACGGCCAAGAGGAUAAACAGGGGUUCUUUGUCCUCAGGUGCCAGUGUACGAAGCUUUUCCAUAAACUCCCGGCUAGCCAGUUCUCUAGGCAACUUGAACGCUGCGACACAGGAGCCAGAGAACAAAAAGGCCUCCUCGUCCUCUAAGGCGGGUUUCAUAGCCAGCCCGCUCACCAGCCUCUUGAACGGCAGCUCCCAGCCGCCUGCCAGAAAUUACCCUGAGCUCAACAACAACCAGUACAGCCGAAGCAACAGCAGUGGUGGGAGCACCCUGCACAGCCAGCCGAGCCCCCACAGCGUCAAGACCGAGGAGCACCCCACCCUCCUCCGGCCCUCCUACACCGGCCUCUCUUCUUCCUCAGCGAGAUUCCUGAGCCGUUCAAUCCCCAAAUGUGGCUUUACUAAAAUAAGAGACAAUACAUGUUAACCGAGCUUGCAUCGAUACAAUUUUGGUGUUCAAAUGAACCGGAAACACAAAUGGUUGGCUGAGUCAAGGAGAGUGUCAACAACAAUCUGUCAUCUAACAAUUGAGCUUUUUGUGAUUGUUGAAAAGCACAGAUUAAGUUCACUCAGAAAAAAAGAAUCUAUUAAAAGUUAGGUAGGAAGGUGGAAGAAUAUUUUAUAUAGCAUUUUAAUUAACUGAAAUUGGCUUGUUAAAUCUUGGGGUCCCUGUAAUGCUUUGAGAACACUAUAGAAAAAUGUUUACACCUCCUUCAAAGCUGAUUUUAUCAAAAAACCUUAGCCUUUUUGUGUUAAUAUGAUGCCAAUAAAACCUUCUCCAGCUGUGUUUCUCUACUAGUGUUACUGGAGAAGUAUAACUAUGUUAGCAAAGGCAAAAACUUUCAGUAUUCUGAAACCACAUUUGUGGAAAUGGGAAUCAAUGCACACAUUCUGUGUGCUGGUAACUUACAAGCAAUACAAAAACUGGAAACUCUUUAUCGCAAAGUCCUAAAAGACUCCAGAGUAUAGAGCCAAUUAUAGAUAAACUUAUUAUUCCUCAGUGUUUAUUUUUUCCCCAUUUGUUCAUUAAAAUUCAAUACUGGAGUUAUAUAUAAAAUAGGAUACCAUAUUACCAAACGUAUUUUUUUCUUUUAAUUAUCUAUGCCAUGAAAACAAACCACUUUUUAAGGUGCUUUUUGCCUCUGUAGUUAGAACUCAAACCAAGGGUAGCUAAGUAGACUGCUUUUUCUUCCUUAAGGGCUUUGGCAAGAUGGGGAAAUGCAGGAGACAAAAAGUCAGUGUGGCAAAAGCACAUGGUGAUUGUGAGUCAGGAUUUUGACUGAGUAGGAAACUAACAUUCCAGGUCAUAAGGCCUUUGGUCUAAGUUAUUUGAACAUUAAGACGUCAUUUCAUUCAUUUGCUGGCAAAGACCUAAAUUUUUCAUUAUUCUUUACAGCUUGCUGUUUUUGAUAGUCAAUGUAUAAUUAUAUUUAUUAACCAUCUUAACAGUAUUUAUAUCUAUAAUUAUUAGACAUUUUUCUACCAUGAUUAGGUAACUGGGCUGUUUAAAAAAGAAACACCUCCAGAAUAGCUAAAUUUUUAAAGUCACUACCUACAUCUGCCAAAACAGAUUAGUAGCAAAUUUCCAGAACAGAACAAAUUGUCUUGAUCUCCUUACCUAACACUUUGUUUUAUGUCAAAUCUAACUGCUUUCAGGGAACAAGACUUCUUGAUGGAAGCUUAUAUUUUGACAUAAAAAUUUUGGGGGCUGCAAGUGUAAAGUAAUUUUAUCCUUAUUUUGCAGGCUGAAUAUUGCUGUAUUAUUAGUUUUAUGGUAUUCACACUAUAAAAACACCAUAUAUUCAUGAUAAACUUGGUUUGGUCUUAGCUCACUAUAACCCUGUUGAACUUACUGGCUCAGGAACUUGAAUAUUCUGUUUGAGAAAUUAUAUAUAUAUAAAUAAGCACUACCUUGUAAAAUAAUAUUUACACCUCAGGUGCCACUUCCUUCGUAACCGUAUCCAUUGUAAUUCUUGAAUUUUUGUAAAAAUUUCAGAUGCAUUAGGUAUUAAUUCUUAUGGUAGUGAUAAACAUUGGCCAAGCAGAAUUAAAACUUUAAUCAGAGUACUUAAGCGUGGGUAUUCUUAUAAGGAAAAAUUUUUUUUAGCAUAUUCCUGAAAAUUACUUUGAUUCAGUCCUAAAAGAAUUUUUCAUUUUAAAAUGUCUGUGUCUCCUUUAUAGUAUAAUAAAUAUUGCUUUCUCUUUUUGUAAUUUAAUAUUUCUUUUCUCACUCAGGAUCAUACCCUGCUUCCAGUUAUUAUUUGUCUGUGUUAGAGUGAUAGACAAUGUCUAGUUGACUAUGCAGUGAUCACAGGACAAAAGCUAGAAGCGUCUUGCGGCCUUAUACGAUGGUAGCUAAGGGUUUGGGCUUUAAGCCAGACUGCUGAGCUCCACGACCUUCUCGUUGUGUGACCUUGGGCAAAGUACUUCACCGCUCCAUGCCUCAAUCUCCUCAUCUGUAAAAUGAGUUGCCUGGAGCAUUUAAUGAGUUAAUACAUAUAAAAUGUUUAGAACUGUGCCUGGUAUAUAGAAGUGCUCAAUAAGUAUCUAUCACGGAAUAAUUGACCUCUCCAGUCAUAUAUCUAAUUUAUUAAGAAUUCCGGAUCGUGGUACUUUAAUCUGUUUUCUGAAUAACAAAAUCAAUAGCAAGAAUGAUAUUGUUUAUGGAGUACAAAUACAUUUGCAUCUUUGCUAUUAAAAUUUGGCAAUGCUAAUAAUGGUUAUUAUGUUUUCUGGGAUAUUUAUUAGUAACUUUAGGAUACAGGUAACAGAUGAGCCAGAGGCCCUUGGUACAGCCCCAUCAUGGAAGCAUAUGGAAUCUAAAUGUCACUUUCAUCCCACCUGAUUGCUUCCCCAGUGAAAAGGCCUUGAAAUAUUAGUUAUGGUUUUUUUUGACUAAAUAUGUCUCCUAGUCUUUAACAAUUCUCUUUCUUCCCGAACUCCACUUCCAUUAAGAUUUUUGUUUUAGAUUGAAAAUGAAAGGGAGUUAAUUUGUUACCAAAUGCUGAUGUCAGAAUAAUUUGUUAAGCCCUUUUUACCGAUCUAUUAUUUCCUUUAACGUUCUUUAUACUACAUAAAGAAAUCAUGGAAGAACUUUGGUAUCUUAUUUUAUCCCCCAGUGCCAAUGUAUACUAUUGCUGUUUAAUAAUUAUUUGUUGAAUUAAUUAACCAGCAUGACAGAAGGUCCAUUCUUCAGCCAAAUCAUCUCUUUAUUUGUUUACGGAGGACCCUGGGUGGGUGGCAAAGGAAGGCAGUAGGAUUGUGCUAAACUCUAUCUGUAGGUUGGAUUAAACAGCAGCUAGAGUUUACGACCUCUGCUGUGUGUAAGGAAAGUCUUCUGCCAGAAGGCAAAUAUGAAUAUAUACUUCAUAUGAAUGAUAGACAUCCCUAAAAUUAUUCUAGACUAAUGUUUUCCAUUAGUUUUCCAGGGGCAUCGUGAUUCCAUAAAAUAAAUAAAGAUAAGUACCUACACAUAUUUACCCCCUAUAUAUUGAUGCAUAUUAAAAAUACUUUACCUGGAAGAAAGUUUAGCAAAGGCCACUUGCCUGGUGUCUGUUCAUUUGCUCUAUCUCCGUCUAUUGAGAAUUAUUGGAACUUUAGGAGUGCUUGCAAAAACAACUCUGUUCUAAAUUAACAGCAAUCUGAGGAGCUACAUAAUUUCUGUUAGUGGAAACACGAAUGACUUUUCUAAUUGGAACAAAAGCAGUAUUUAACUAUUCCUAUGAAAGCAUUGGCCAGCAUAUAGCAUGCAUGCUUCGCAGUCUUGCCGCUGGGGGGAUCUUCUGGCCCUGCCCUCCCUGCCUACUUGCUAGACUUCAGAAGAAACUGGGGAAAAGCAGCUAGAAGAGUCAUAGUCCAUUUUGAAGCUCUCAUUGUUAGGAUGGCAACUGAUGGGCCUACACGUUAAAUGUACGUGGACUUCAAGGCAUUAGACCAGUUUCACUGGACUUUCUCAAUCUUACCUCUUAGGCUCUCCGUGAGUUCAGGUACACUUAUAUGAUAGUGCCCUACUUCUUGAUCGUCUCCCCUGUUCUGAAGGCUUAGCAUAAACCACAUUCUGUGGUGAGAAAGUCAACUUGACAACCUUUUUCAUUCUUCCUAACAUUUCCAUUCUCCCUCUUCACAUUUCACCUCUUCUUGGAAACUUGCAGGCUCAGGAACCACUCUUCUCCCUGAGCCUUCCCUUCCCACUCUUUGCCUCAUGCUUUGCUUGUGUACAGUGUUACUCUCACCCUAUGCACAUUAUUGAACGUGGACACCUUUGCCUUUUCACUUUAUGUUUGUGUGACAGUGUGGGCUUUUGCCGUUUGAGGGCAGGCUGGUAACUUUUGGACUCACAGCAUUGAUAGAUACUUAGUAAAUGGCUGUCCAUAGGGUAUAAAAUUCACAGGGAUUGUGAAGCAAUGAGAAUGAACAAAGAGAGUUUGAAUCCUUUUGUAGAUGAUUUGCCCAACAGAAAGAUUCUUUUUACUGAUAUGCCUACCCUCAACAAAAUGGACUAGUCUCAGAAUUAAGAAGACCUAUGAAUACCAUGCUGCAGAUCAGUUUGAAAAAGAAUUAUUGGGGGAGGAGAAAAGGACAUUUGGUAGCAAAUCAAGUAAACUUUGUUGUUUAAGGUGUUAGAUUAGAAGAAUUGUGCAAAAGAAUUUGUUAAUGUUCAGACUGAUUUGUGUUCCUUCUUUUUAGUUGUUUUUUUUUAAAGAUUUUAUUUAUUUAUUU